AUGGCUCCUAUCCAUCAAGUUGUGAUAACACAAACCUCUAUGAUGAAACAGAGGGAGGGCCUCUACAUUAAUAUCAAAGACCUGAUAAGUAGCAUGCAAGAGAACUGGCCAACGCUAGCCUGUCCAAGAAAUAAGGGAACAAAAUUCUGGUCACACGAAUGGGACAAACGUGGUACCUGUUCCCUUUUUACUCUAGAUGAGCAUUCUUACUUCAAAGCAGCUCUGACCAUUAAGGAGAAGGUGAAUCUUCUUUCUGUUCUUAAGGAUGCAAGAACUGAGCCAGGAGGCUUUUACAGCUUGGAAGUGAUCAAGGAAGCUGUAAAGAAUGGAACUGGACAUGAAGCAGCAAUAGAAUGCAAUAAGGAUGCACUUGGUAACAACUAA